GGACAAAAAAAACAAAAACAUGUUGCCAAAAUGUGUUUACAACAAACAAAAGCGCGAUAAAGCGCUAGCAACUUCCACAAAAGCUGCAGGAAACUAUACGCUUACAGAGUGAGGCAGGUUGUGGCCGUUGCGCAUGUGCAGAUGAGCCAUCGUCAAAGUGCGGCGUCACAGUCGAUGCGUGGGUGCGCGCUGCUACUCACUUCAGCAAGCAAAUGGGCUGAAAUUAACAUAUUACAAUGACACCAGCAAACAUAAAUUCGGCGUUUAAAAAAUUGUAAACUAAGCGGGUGUUGUUGUUGUUGAUGAUGGUGUCUGCAAAAAAGGGCAUUUUGCAAUAACUGUGCGCCACCAACUAUGGCCAGAACGGCUAGUUGGUUUAAUUCAGGGUUUGCAGCUUUAUUAGAUGGUUAGCUUAGUUAAUGUGUGUGGGUUUGUUUGGGACAACCUACGCGUAUGCUUAGUGCGAAAUUUUUAGAUAAGUUAGAGUGUUGCAGCGGGUGGGCGCUUAGUGCAAAUUGCAAACGAGACGCGAACAGUUCAAGUGUUGAUACAAACUAAAUUAAAACAAUAACAAACGAACGAAGUGAUAAUAAAAAAUAUUACAAACGAAGUGAAAAGGAUAAUAAGUGUACAAAAGGACUAACGAUUAUCAAGUUCGAAAUUUUGAAAAAUAGAACAGAACGAUCUCUAAAGCCGCGAAGGACUCUUGAAAAAUGUCAGUGCGAAGUUUGUGUGUUUUUUAAAUAAAAACAAAAUGUGUACAUUACAACAGCUAAUAAUCACACAUGCGCUAACACUACUCACAUUGGUGGUGAUAUGCGCCUGCGCGCCCCAGAGUUACUAUUCCUCAAAUUCCUACUCAACUGGCACAGCAACGGCAAAUCGCGCUGAUCCUUAUCGGCGCGCCGGCUAUUCUCCAUAUCGCGAUAAUAAUCGCGAGUAUUACGACGCGUUACGGCAACGGCGUCUACGCGCGCUCGCCGAUAGCUACAAAGGCAUCUACAACAGCAUCAGCGCUACCGCCAGUAGCAGUCGUGGUGACGGCAGUAGUGUCAGCAAAACACAGCGCUACUAUUCAUCCUCACGUUUGCCCGUCGCCGCAGCGGCUAUAAGCGCUAGCAGCAGCGACAACAGUGGUGGCACAACCACCAACAGCAUUUACGCAAGCAACAACAGUGAACGAUAUAACAAGUAUAAUAACAGAUAUAAUGCUUACGCAACGGAUAGCGCUUCCAGCACACCGCCAAAUAAGCAGCAGGAUGCAAGCAAUAAACAGCGCAUUAGCAAAGCUGAUGAGGAGAAUGCCAAAUUUGCUGGUAUUAGUAAUCAAGAAGCAGACGAGGAGAAUACAAAGACCCUGUCGCAUUUGAAACGUAAGAAACUGCGUCGUUGCUUUCCAUUUGGACGCGACGCGCAGGGCGGUGAAGUAACACCGCCACCAGAGGAGCAAGGACGCUUACUUUGGGAUGUGAAUGUUUAUAAUAUUUACGGUGGCGGUGGUUAUCCUCCGCCAAUAUAUGGCGGCGGUUGUGGCGGACUUGGUGGCGGACUGGGUGGUGGUCUUGCUAGCGCUUUUGCUGGCGCUGGUGGUCUUGGCGGCGGUGGUCUGCUCUCCGAUCCGAUUGCUGCUGCUUAUGCGCCACCCAAUAGAUUUAAUAAUUUCUUACAGCUAUUCGCUCCCGGUAUAUUGCAGAAUGCUUUAGCGGUGACAGCGCGCCCAUCGCUACUGAGACCUCAGUCUGAUACUAUUGCGAGUGAGGCUAACGAUUUGGCUAAUGAUCCAGAGGUGGACCCUGGGUAUAGGCCUGUCGCCGCCAGGCCACCUCCAGUGAGAAGACCUAAUCGGGUGUACUAUGAUUCAGUGGGAGCGGCUCCCAUAACUCCUGCGCAAUUAGUAGGCGGUGUAGCCACCACUGUUAACGGUAUCAUACAACAACUAACUGGCAAUGUUCAACCGGUUUACCCUGGCUAUAGAUCAGCGAGUUAUGGAAAGUAAAAAAGCCUUCAGUCAGCCCUAACAAGAUCGCUGAUGAAGUUAUAUUCCUUUAGGUUUUAUAUUUAUUUUUAAUCUUAGUUAUAUGAAAUUGACUAUGUUCCUUUAUUGAAAUGAUUAUGUGUAUAUAAA